AGGACCCUUUCUGGUCACGCGGAAACAUUCACUUAGUUCCGUCAGAUUUGGCUCGUGACUGCUUGACAAAGAACGGGAGUGCACUUACUACUACGCAACUUUCAAAUUAUUUCUGGUUAACAUGAGCGCAGAUUUGCUUCAACAAAGACGACAAACCAAAGAGGAGACAUCAAAUUAGUAACUUGGAAGGUUGAGAGGUUACAACCACUUGAAGUUGGCUUGGGGAGCCGACAAUGAGCUCAAGAGCUCAAGGCGAGUUAGUUUUCCGACCAAACUCGCUCUUAUGCUGCAUUCAGAGGAUGUGUUCCUCAGUCCCAAUACGUACCGGUAUCAUUCAGGUCUUUUCCUUUCAGCCCGCUCCUGACUUCAAGCAGGCUCAAUUCCAAAUAAUCAGUGUCCUCCCUUUAUUAUUGAGGAUCCUACCGGUAGAACCUUCCAGCCGCCCUGGAUCCCUGCGAAAACAUCAGGUAUUUUACUGCUUUUUCCAAAUAUCUGCUUUCCGUAUUGACAUGUUCAGCCAUUGCGGCAUACCAAGAAUUGAUCGCUCCGCUGGUACUGGUCUCUCGACCUCAUCGGGCUCCGCAGACCCUGCCUCCCCCUUCACUUUGCGAAAGGAAACAAGCCUGUAAGGCUGAAUUCCAGUAUCCACGUCUGAAAUACUUGAUGACUUGGUCGGAAUGAGCCUUUGCCAGCUGUCAAAAGAGAUGAUUCAAUCGCAACAACAGCGACGGGCUGAGAUGGCAUAGGUGAUGGCAUCAACAGGAUGAUGUGGAGAUGAACCGAAAGUUCUGGGCAUGUUUGCUCCGAUCGUCUCAUAAAAAAGUAGCGGAAGCAAAAAUAUUGUAUCAACUAUUUCCACAGAAACAAAACCAUGAAGUACUUGAUUCUUCUACUUUCGCUGCAACUACACUUGUCGACCGCAUUUGUGGUCCCAGCCGUCGAACGAGGUGCCACGGCAGAGAUCAGUGGUCUCGCUACUACAACUUUUGACCCAGCUUGGAGGGUGGCGCUGAACUUUGGAAAAUCUACCAUCAAUCCCUUUGGUGACUUUGGGGCAUCUGGUGCUCGGCUUCCCGUUGUGAUACCGUGUGAAUUCACCGAUAGUGGACUUGCAAUGCCCCGAUACGAUACAGUUUCGUACACGGACAUUACCGGAGGCAUUGUCAAGCCAGUACAAGGAGGAAGCUGGAAGAUCAGUAAUAACGGAAAGAAAAGCGAUGCCAUGUCACAAAAUCUGCAAAUGACACUGACCUUUCCAGAAGAAUUACGAAAGGGAGAUGUCAUUAUUCCCGCUCAAUCAACCGUGUCAUUGGAAGGUUUGGUAUACUCACAGGAGGUCCUCAAGAAGCUCGAUGAAGCUUUUUCGAAUGCCAGAAGCGACGAAUGGAAGGCGGAGGAAACCUUGGAGGAAGUUUACAAAGAAAGGGACGGCCCCAAGAAGUGGAAUCCAAAAACACAGGCUUGGGAGAGACCCACAAUGGAUGUUCCACUGACUGAUCUGUUUCAAAAGCACUGGACUGUCUUCUCCAAAAAGCAAGAGACACGUCGACGUAAUGCUGCUCGUCCCAGAAGCUCGGAUCUGAGCAAACAAUCAGGUCCAUUCCCAGGUUAUGAGGACCGAGUAUACUUCGGACAACAGGGAAUCAUUCGAAUUGACAACAACGUUGUGGGCACUUGGUCAGCGGAACCAAUGAACGACGUGCCGGCAACUUACUUUGGCACCCGAUAGACUGGGAAACCACGUUAGAAGUUACCACUGAAUAAUAAUGUAGAGCCCUUCAGAAUCCUUUUCUUUAAAUGGGCAGCCCGGAUUUGAAAUCUGCUGCAAGCUCCUGAACAAAUCGAGUGCA